AUGGAAGAUCUCUUGAUCAACAAGCUCAAUUCCUUAUCCAUUGAAAUGAAGAAUAUUACAACCACCACCACCACCACCACCACCGUCGUGCACGUUGACAACAGCAAUGCCAACAUCUUCCACCUGCCAACAGAAAUACUGACGGAGAUCAUAUCUUUUGCUCUCGAUUCAAUCGACCUUUGCUGCUCUGGAGCCAUGAAGUUCACCCCUUACCUGGAGAAACCACGGCCCAUACUGGAUCUGCAGCUGACAUGCAAGAGAUUCCACUGUAUCUCUUUACAGGCAUUGAGCAAACGAGGACAUGUCACCGUGAACCUAGUCGGGCCCGUGCCUAUAAAAGACAGAGAAAGCAUGAAGCAGGUCCACAAGUACUAUACGUCCUUGCUCAUGGCACACUUUCAGCCAGCGAUCGAGAAACAACGGCGCCAAGUACUCAUCAAUCUUCUCCCCGAGCUUAACAGCCAGUACCCCCCUGCUGGCAUCAACUGGGCACCUUGCGACCCGAAGUGUCCCCCGCGUGCUGACAAGGACGACGCAACAGUCCGACGAGUCAUGGUGUCCCACCAGGCAGCUGCCAUUCUCGUAUCUGGAAUAAUGCGCAGCAUUUCCCUCAAACACCCCGGCCUUCGCCUUCGGAUUGCUGUUCACGACGUUGAUUGGAUGUGCCCCGACUAUCGUCAUCCACCGGCGGAGGAUUCUCAACAACGGCCACGAAUCAUCCCAUUUUGGGACCUCACUGGGGUCUGCGGCGUUGUCUACCACUGGCGGUGGCUGAGAGUGUAUUGUGGUGAACACAACGAGUUCUCUGAUGUUUUCACGACGUCGACGAUCGCAGUAGCAGUGAAUACGCAUCUGAGGAUGGCUUGGGACAACUACGUGCCGGCAAAAUCUGCUGUAAUCACAGCUUUAAGCGCAGGGGGCACGGCUCUUGCUCAUCAUGUGUUUCAAGCCUCUUUGACAAAGCUGAUGAAUACUUGGGUUGGUGGACCGAUGGCGGAGUGGUCAAGAACAACAGUAGCUUCACCUGUUCGUGUUUAUAUCCCUGGGUAUCAAGAAAAAGUGGUCUGUGCCGAGAACAUGACCUUCGCUCAGUGGUUGACAACCAUAUGCGCGAACAGCCUCUACACCAAGUGUUUCGCACUUCGAGGAGUCGGAGCGCGCCAGGUGGCUGGACCCACCGAAAUGGCUCUGGAGCUUGAUGAGCCUGGGGGGAGAACACUAAUGUUACAUGGUUGUUGCAGGUAG